AUGUCGUCUGAAGGAGAUUGGAGCUCCUUUAGUGGAAUGUGUUUUACCGAGGAGGCUGAUUUCAUGACACAGUUACUUGGUAACUGUUCACUUCCAAAUGAGUUACCAGGUAGUUCUAAUUACUAUGGAAUUUCCUCCGGUUGUUGGAAUGGUUAUGAAUCAAACACGAACCUGUUGGGAUCAGGAGCAAGAGAAGAUGUUUCUGUGUAUUCUUCAAAUGACACUAACAAUAUUAGUGGUAUUUUCUUUCCACCUCCGAGUCAUGAAAGUUACUAUCCAAGUCAUUCUCGGCCUAUCUUGAUGAGAAAUGAUAGUUCAAUAACAACGGAACGUAGUUUGAUGGAUACUAAUUAUAAUCCAAUUGAAGCGGAUGAGUACUUCCUUAACCAAGAUAAUGUGACUAAGGAUAACAUGGAGCCUGAACUUGUUCUUGAUGGAAAAGGCUUGCAGCUUGGAAUAAUAGAUUAUGACCAAUUUCCACAAGAUAAAAUGGAUCAUAGUCCAUCAGAGAUCUCUAAGAAAAGAGCCCGGUUACAUGGUCAUGUACCAAAGAACAAGAGAAACACAAAGCUGCAAACGGCCGUUAAGACUUGUGAGAUAGACAGAAAAAACAAGGCUGUGCUUCAGAGGCAGAACUCUAUGAUCAGUUGCUUCUCAGAAGAUGAAUCUAAUGUUUCUCUCGAGUUGACCCGAAAAUCCAGAGCAAGCAGGGGUUCAGCAACUGACCCCCAGAGCUUGUAUGCCAGGAAAAGAAGAGAGAGAAUUAAUGAGAGAUUGAAGACCUUACAGAGUCUCAUCCCUAACGGAACCAAGGUUGACAUUAGCACCAUGCUUGAAGAGGCAGUCCAGUAUGUCAAAUUUUUGCAACUCCAAAUCAAGCUCUUGAGCUCUGAUGAUCUAUGGAUGUAUGCUCCCAUUGCGUACAACGGAAUGGAUCUUGGGCUUGAUCUGAGGAUUGACAUUCCAAAAUGA